UGAGAUUUUUUCAUUGACAAAUAAAACGCUUUGAAAAAUCGUUCGAUAUUUGGCUCAAUGUAUUGACAUGACGAAGCAGCAUUAAUUGCAAAAACUUACCUAAGAUAAGAGAAAAAUCGUAAGAUUUGCAAUUAAACUUGAACUUGAAGUCGGGAAAAAAUUUACAUACAUAACAGAUCAAUGACAUGACAGUGUUGCAUCGCAACAAGUGAUUUAGUAAAUUUUCUGGUCGGUAUUUUAAGUAAUCGAAUAAAUAAAUAAAGUAAACAAAAUGAACGCAGCAUAUGCCAUCGUAAUGGUCUUUGUCGGAUGCUGCAGUAAUGUUGUUUUCCUGGAAUUGUUAGUUAAAAUCGAUCCCGGAUCAGGGAAUUUGAUAACUUUUCUUCAAUUCCUGUUCAUAUCCUUGGAAGGAUUUCUGUUUACAUCCAAAUGUGGAACAGUGAAGCCGCGGAUUGGCCUAAAAGAUUAUACGAUUUUGGUGAUAAUGUUUUUUGUUACCAGUGUUUGCAAUAAUUAUGCGUUCGAUUUUAAUAUACCCAUGCCAUUGCACAUGAUCUUUCGGGCGGGAUCAUUAAUUGCAAACAUGAUUAUGGGCAUUAUUAUAUUGCGGAAAAGAUAUGUUUUUUCCAAAUAUUUAUCUGUUGGAAUGAUAACUGCUGGCAUUGUAAUCUGUACAAUAGUUUCCGGUAAGAACGUCAAGAGUACUCAGGUUAAUGAAAUUGUAGAGGAAGAUGCGAUGAGUGUGUUCUUCUGGUGGACCGUCGGUAUCACGCUGUUAACGCUCGCUCUGUUUGUAUCCGCUCGAAUGGGCCUUUAUCAGGAAGUGCUUUAUAAACGUUACGGGAAGCAUCCAAAGGAGGCACUUUUUUACACGCAUCUUUUACCACUGCCUUUUUUCCUUAUUUUGACCAGUAACAUUUGGGAGCAUAUAAAAUUAGCCAAUGCAAGUCCGUUAUAUGAUAUUCCAGUGUUAAAUAUCGGUGUGCCAAUCAUUUGGCUAUAUUUGUUAGGCAACGUUUUAACUCAGUAUGUCUGCAUCAGUUCGGUGUAUGUCCUGACGACAGAAUGUUCCUCACUUACCGUUACCCUGGUCGUCACACUUAGAAAGUUCGUUUCGUUGUUGUUUUCUAUUGUGUACUUUAGUAAUCCUUUCACCAUCUAUCACUGGAUUGGAACAAUACUGGUAUUCACCGGGACGAUAAUCUUUACGGAGGUUAUCGACAAAUUUAGACAAGCGCUGGCUCCUCAACAAACCACCGUCGAAAAAAAAGUUAACUAAUAAUAAAAAAAUGUAGCUGUUUUGUAUAUUCAAAAUAAUUUUCAAAAGAUUUAAUAAAGUUAAAGUUUAGGCAAAGAUAAACUCAAGAUGGAAUAGUCUACGAUUUCUCAAGUACCAUUCAAAUAGGACCCCUCGAUUGUGUGGGUACAAGUGCACCGUACUGGGUGAUUCCGUUUCCGAUUAAUAGUUAUAAAAUGCACAUCGAUGAUUUCGGUUCACCGUCAGUUGUACUUCAAUUAUUAUUUGAAACAAAACAACAAGCGUCGAAUCGCUACAUGCGUCGUAACUAUGACAGUGUUUGUUUAUAUAGAAAUAACCUUAAGUUGCAAUACGAUAGAAAUUGCAGUUUUCCGCUGCAUAUCGAGUGGAUGUUGCAACAGGAAAACAAAAAUCAAUUAGAAUUAUUGCUAAGAAUCUAUUCAAUUUGCAAUAUUCUUAUCUUAAGAAGCAUUAAAGCGAAUGGAUGUUGCAACAUAUUUUGUGCGGUAUGUUUACUUCCUUCCAAACUUGUAUUGUUCUACGGCGAAGAAAAACUUAUGUAAACUGCCUUAAGAAAUAAACGUAUUUAUGGAAAAAAAAAAAACUUGUAUUGUUGCUAUGGAAUGUUACCGUCAUUUUCAAAUGUUUAUCGACGCUUUUUAACGAAGGGUCAACAAAAUUACACCAUUACUAAGUUCACUGGUUCACGAUUACUGGUUCGAUAUUUUUCGAUGAAUCGUAUGGGACAUUGUAAUCUUGAGUUUAUCUUUGGUUUAGGGUGAUGCGACAUUUCAGGGGUAGUAUGCUAGAAAAUAAUUAGUAAACUAUUUUUAACAUAUUCAACGCUAGGUUAGUUAGUUUUGUUCAUUAAAAGAAUGCGUCACAACUAUUCACAAAAAUAAAAAAAAACUGCAAUAGGAGUAUUAAAUUGAAACUUUUUAUGUUUUUUAAUGAUUAUCAAACUUACCGUAUAGUCUCAAAAGUAAUAAAUGUGCUACCGUAUACUUGUGUGCGGUAGGAGCCACACUUUAAAAUAUUUCUGAAAUGUGCUACAAUAAAUCUUACACUAAUUUGAAA